AUGGCCGACCUCCGCAACGAGCUCAAGGAGUGGGAGCGCGCGUUCAAGGCCUCCCACGACCGCGCCCCGACAAAGGACGACAUCCGCCUGCAGCCCUCGAUCGCCGCCAAGUACAAGGAAUACAACAAGCUCCGAGCAGCCGCGGCCAACCCCGCCGACAAGCCCUCGUCGAGUCGCUCCACCGCCACGUCGAAACCCCCACCUCCUCCUUCGACUAGGACCGCCGCCGCCGAGUCGUCCCACAUCUUCAAGACGCCGACCAAGCCCAAGAGCUCGCGCUCUCGCCCCCGCCCCGACGCCGUCUCGUCCUCGACCGACGGACCCGCCCCCGCAGUCGACGCGUCGCCCUCGAAGCGCCUGUCGUCAAGUCGCGACAAGCCCUCGUCGUCGUCGACGACCUCAUUCGUCCACGCCAACUCGCCCUCGAAGCUGCGAGCGCUCGCCGCCGCGCACUCGACCUCGGGCUCGCCAAACCGGCCCAUGUCGGGCGCCUGGGCCUCGGCGACGCUCGCCCAGUCCGACUCGCUCCCCGUGACGGGCGUGUCGGCCUCGCCGCAGAAGCGCGCGCGCAACCCGUUCGCGAGCCCGCAGAAGGGCACGUUCGGCGAGCUCGAGCGCGCCGAGCGUGAGCGGCUCAAGGCCAAGAAGCGCGCCGAGCGGGAGCGGGCGCGCGCGAGCGGCGUGCUCGGCGGCAAGGCGACGAGCAGGGGAGCAGGGUGGGGCGGCGCAUCGAGCGUGCCGGACGGCGGCGCAGCGCGAGCGUUCGCGCGCACCGAGUCGGUCGGGUCGGCGAGGGGCAUGGACCUCGACGAGGUCGACGACUUCUUCUCGUCGCAGGCGUCGACGCACGCGCCGUCGCAGUCGCAGGGCUCUCAGCGCCUCCUCGCACAACUCGCCAAGGCGUCGCCCGUGCGACCCGUCGUGGCAGCUGCGCCGACGGACGACGACGAGGUGUUCGGGCCCUCGCCGGUCAAGCGCCCAUCCGCCUCGAACCCGCUCUUUGGCCUCUCGCCCUCGUCCUCCACCACCGCCGCACCCGCACCCAAGCGUAUCUUCAAGCCGCUCGUGCCCGACUCGCCGCCGCCCUCACGACCCGUCGCGUCCGCCGCACCGACCGCCGCGCCCGCCAAACCCAAGCCCUUCUCGUCCUCCCUCCCCUCGUCCUUCCUCCCUCCCGCUCCCGCCGCCUCGCGCAAGCGCGUUCCUGCGCCAGGUGACGGCGACGACGACCGAGACGCCGCCGAUGCCGCGCUCGACGAUGACGACGACGACUUUUACGCCGACGCGCUCGACGAGGCCGAGGCGGCCACGGGAGGCGGCGCAAAGGGCAAGGGCAGGGCCAAAAAGGGUGCGGCGGCGGCGAGGGGCAAGGGCAGGGCCGCGGCGGCGCCGGCCAAGCGAAAGAAGGUCGCGGCUGGUGCGGCGGCGGGCGCCGGCGCGAAGAAGGCGGGCGGUCGGGCCAAGGGCAAGGGCAAGGCCGCCGCCGACGACGACGGUGGCUCGUCCGAGGACGGCGCCGAGAUGGACGUCGAGGAGGAGGACGACCCCGAGGUGCGCAUCGUGUCGUCGUCGCGCGCUCGGGGCGAGCUCGUCCUCGACGUGUCGCGCGACCCGGCGCUCGGGCUCGGGCCGGGCCGCGAGCGGCUCGUCAUCCACGAGAAGGGGUUUGAGGCGCGCGUCAAGGCGCUCGAGCGGGAGGAGAGGCGGCGCCGGGCGGAGGAGAGGGCGAGGGAGGCAGGCGAGGGGAGGGAGGGCGACGAGGCGGCGCCUCUCGAUGUGCGGACGACGGCGAGCGAUGGAGAACGCGACGACGACGACGUGGGCGACGAGGCGUCGCUCUUCCACCGUCGAGCCGGGCUCGACCUCCUCUCGCGACUGCGCGCCGAUGCCGCGAGCGCUUCGGCCGCCUCGACCGUCUCGACCGCCGCCGACGAUACCGACGACGCCGACCUCGACGCUCUCGGCGCAUCGCUCCCCGCCGACCUCGCCGCCGUCCUCUCGCUGCGCGCCUCGCCGCAGAAGACGCACUCGGCCGCCCUCGCCAAGCAGCGCCAGGUCGCGCGCCUCCUCGGCGAGCCCGGCACUGGCGGGUCCCGGCGGCGGCAGAAGGGCUUGCUCGGGCUCGAUGAGGGAGACGUCGACGAGGGAGAUGGAGAGGGCGCGGGAGAGGAAGUGGGCGAGGGCGACGACGACUGGGACGAGGAGCCGGAUGGCUGGAAGGCGACGGCCGACGCGAUGGAUGGGUACUACUCGGCCGACGGGUGGUGACUCGCAACGCGCUCACUUCUCUCUU